UCAAUUUUCUAGACAACAAAUAGCCAUAGUCCACAUUUAUAAAGAAUUAAUAAUAAUGACUGACUUUGAAUGGCCCUGGGAGUACACAUUUCCUCCGUUUUUUACUUUGCAACCACAUGAAGAAACCCGUCAGCAGCAAUUAAAAGUAUGGUCAGAUCUCUUUCUUAAAUACCUCAAACAUAGCAAUAAAUUUACGCUGAACAUCAACGAACAAGACUUGCCGCUAUUCCACAAUGAAUCUCUAAAAAGGCGACUACCGCCGGAGUUUGUACUCACAAUUCUCGAGCAUUUGCAACGCAGCGGACAUGCAGCGCCGUUAGACAAGCGUCGACAGGAGUGGCAGGUGUAUUGGUAUACAUUGGACGAAUACGGGAACAUGGUCUAUGAGUGGGUGCAGGAGACGGGCCAGGUGAAUAGCGUGUGCACGAUCUAUGAGAUAGCAAAAGGAGAGAACACAACACAAUGCCAAUUCCAUGGGGUCGAUGAGGCGGUAUUGGUGAACGCACUACGGCUACUGGAGGAAAAAGGCAAGUGCGAGCUCAUAGAAUUGGAUGACAGUCAUGGUGUAAAGUUCUUUUAAUAUUUCGUGUAUUUAACUCUUUGUGUAUAAAGAAAACUUUGUUAUUUUAAUCCCAUUCAA